AUGUCCAAGCCUCUCUCCCCAUUAACGACAUCCCGCCAGAAUACACGAGCUCUCUCAACAGACUUUGACGAUGCUACGGGGAAAAGGACAAGCAUGGGCGAACGAUUAGCGGCAGACUUCGAGACCGAGAAACCCUUCCUCAGCCCAAAGAAUGUGAUCGACAAUGCGCCCAGCAAUCUCCGUCAAAGCUUCGGCUACGGGGAUGGUGCGGAUGCUGGGUAUGAUGCCCAGUUGCCAGAGACCGAUAAUGAGGAAGAGGAGUCAUUUCAGGAUUUGCAGAGCUCGCCUUUUCGACCUGAGGGGAGAGACGACACGGUUGAUAUGCAGAUGCUACGGAAAUACCAGGCGCGUCUGGGUAUGAGGGAGCAUUCUGCGACGCCGAGGAAGCGAUCUUAUGACCAGACGCCUGAUGUACAUGACUUUGGGUCUGAGGAAAGCGAUAGGUAUAAACGAGGGACGGGCCGAAGGGACGUUCCGGAGAUUAAUGUCUAUGCCGACGAGGAUUCCGAAUAUGACCAGGACCGCAGCUUCGGUGAUGGUGUCGCGCAAGACGUUGGGAGCAGUAUGGUCGAGGACAGGCGACAUGAAGGCAUGAGUACUGUUCUGCGCGAAAACAAUGAAAAUCAGGGCUCCUCUCUGGACGGCAAGGAAGGCCUAGAAGCCAAUCAAGCGGACGACGCUAUGGUCGACGACGAUUCUCAUGACCCUAUGGAUGAUACCUGCUUCAGCACAUUCUCGGCGGUUGCGAACGUUGAUAUGACGGCCUUUGCAAACUUACGAGGGGGUUCUCCUUACAAGAGCCCGAGGCCUCUACCAGAUUUCCCGGUUGAUUAUGACGAUACGAAGCGUGAGAAUAUUGCACCAGGCACGCCCCUCACAUCACAAAAGUCGCCCAGAAAGAAUAUUCUCCUAGACAUGAGCUCACCCAUCGGCUCGCCCACUCCAAGGAAGAGAGACUUAAGAGAUACCCAAGAGCCAAGUCAGACUCCGAAUCUGCUGGACCUUACUGAUCAGGUGGGCCUUUUCCCCCGCCGACAACGAUACAGCGUACAACCACACGAGCGAUAUUCCCCUUCACGCCGGUCGCCCCUGCGGAACCCGCGGGAGUCUAUCAGGACACCGGCAAAGAUGAGUCUGCUUGACUUUGAUAUUCCUGCCGCUCCCACCCCUCGAUCAAUUCCGACAAUCACACCCCGGGAGUUAGAGUCACUGAAAUCAGGGUUCCUCUCCGAGAUUUCCUCGCUCAGAGCAACACUUAGCGGGAAGGAGGCGGAAGUUUCCAGCCUCAAACAGGCCGUAGCAGAUGCAGAACGCCGCGUCGGAGAGGCAUUGGAGGAAGUCCGCAAUGUUGCUGCUCGCAAGGAAGCCCUAGAGAUCGAGCAGACAGAAUGGCAGCGGAGAGGCCGGGAAAUGGAAGAAGUGCUUCGCUCUGUCAAAGCAGACAUAGUGGAGGGCGAGCGCGAAAGGGAGCGUAUGCAGAAGAAUAUGGAGGAAUCAGAAAAGGGCAAAGUGCAGCUCGAAAGCCGUGUCGUGGAACUCGAGACACAGCUGACUGCUGCCCGCAACACGGCAACCUGCGAGCAUGGGACGUCCGACCAUCCAACUAAAACAGCAGAAGAAACGGCACGUGAGGUCCAGGAAGCGGUCCAGAAGGUCGCGCAUGAUCUCCACGGACUGUAUAAGACCAAGCACGAAACCAAGGUCGCGGCGCUGAAGAAGAGCUACGAAGCCAGAUGGGAAAAGCGCCUGCGGGAAGCCGAGAACAGGCUCAGAGCUGCCACUGAAGAAGGUGAGCGCUUCAAGGCCGAGCGUGAUGCCGCAUUGCACGAGUCCGCGCGCCCUGAUUCCAGCAUACUCGCUCGCGAUAACGAGGAGCACGAGGCAGAGAAACGCGUCCUGGAGGCACAGAUUAAGGGCCUGCAGCAAGAGAUGGCAUCCCUCAAGUGCGAUAGCGAACAGCUACGCGUCGAACUCAAGGCCGAACGUGCAGAGAAAGGCGACCUUGUUGCGCUGGUAGAGGAAUGGCUCUCUAUGCAGAACCCACCCCUUGCUGCUUCGUCAUCGCAGUCGCAGUCGAGGGACGAAGAAAUGGUAACCCCGGAACCAGGCCCCCCUCAGGAAUCGCAACGCCCUCAAUCUGAAGAACCCGAGCAAGAUACCACCCGUAGCAGCUCUGGCUCUGGCGGCCUUCGACGCGGUCCAAGCACAAGCUCCAACUCAAGCUCGAACAACGGCGAGAGAAAAAUCCCCAGGAUUGGCGCCCCAAGAAGUGCACACGCACGAGGUAACAGCGGCGGCAAGUCCGGGAUUGCAGUCUUUACCCCAGGCAGGAGUAGUAUCAUGGGCUCCAUUGAGCGGAUGGGUCGUGGAGGCGUCUAG